CUCACGAGUCGCAGUCUCUUUAUUCCAACAACCACCGUUUCUUGCGCAGUGCCUCACCAUAAGAAUUUGAUCAAUUCUUCUGGAAGACUGUCCUCACCAUGUCGAAAAUCACAGUCGCCGGCGUGCGCACGAACGUGCAACAACUUCUCGACUACUCUCUCAACGAGAAGAAGCGAAACUUCCUCGAGACCGUUGAACUCCAAAUCGGCUUGAAGAACUAUGACCCUCAGCGUGACAAGCGUUUCUCCGGCACCAUCAAGCUGCCCACCGUUCCCCGACCGAACAUGGCUAUCUGUGUUCUUGGUGACCAGCACGAUAUCGACCGAGCGAAGCACUUCGGUGUCGACGCCAUGUCCUCUGAGGAUUUGAAGAAGCUGAACAAGAACAAGAAGCUGAUCAAGAAGCUGGCCCGCAAGUACGAUGCCUUCAUCGCCUCCGACAGCUUGAUUAAGCAGAUCCCUCGUCUCUUGGGUCCUGGUCUGUCCAAGGCCGGCAAGUUCCCCACCCCAAUCUCCCACAACGAAGAUCUCUCCGCCAAGGUCACUGAGGUCAAGUCGACCAUCAAGUUCCAGCUGAAGAAGGUUCUGUGCAUGGGUGUCGCCGUCGGUAACGUGGGCAUGACCGAGGACGAGUUGAUCUCCAACAUCAUGUUGGCCAUCAACUACCUCGUCAGUUUGUUGAAGAAGGGCUGGCAGAACGUCGGCAGCUUGACCAUCAAGGCCACCAUGUCUCCUCCCAAGCGAUUGUAUUAGAUUACAUAUCUCUUUGGCCUGGUCGUCUUGUAGUGUGGAUUUAGCAACCUGCACUCUGUCGGAUGAAAAUUAGUGCCUCUUUGCCUUGCAAGGUCUAUGGCACGAACAAAUCUCCAUAGCUGCGAAAUGAAAAGCCGUGAUUCAACGACCGUAAA